AUGCCCGACUUUAUGUCGUUGAGAAAGGUGUGGGGCAAGCUAGAUUCCGGAGCCGCAGAUCAGCCAAACCCAGCUGGUCUUUACGGCCAGGGCAUCGGGAACACGGCAGCAGGAGCAACAGGAGCAGCACCACGGCCCCGCAAUGCAGACCAAGAACGCGUAGCGAGAGUCAACAUGAUUUUGCGUCAGGCCCAAGUAUUUUUCGCCCUCAUCACCUUGCUCAUCGCCGUGUACAUGGCGUCGUUCCAAGCCAGAUGGGUGGGCAGUCCAUCCGGUCUCACCGGCCUGUUGCUAUUCCUCGCUUCAGCCAGCUUGGUCGCGUCAAGCAUCUUCCUCGUCGUUCCCAUGAUCUACGAGCGUUCCGGCUACAAGACCAUGAAAGGCUUUGCUAGGGCCCUGUCCGAAGCAAGGGUGGGUCUGGUCAGCAACGGCGUCUUUGGCUUUUUGCUUCUCAUACUCGCCAUGACACAAACCAUCUCGGCUUUCACCUCGCCUGGAUGCAAGGACCCUGCCAAAGAUCCGCAUGCAGGCGGCAAGGACCGCGCCGACUUUGUCAAGCAGCUCGGCGGCUGGUGUCGCACCAAACGCGCCGAAGCUGCCUUUUGCUGGUUCCUCUGGGUCACCUGGUUCCUCUCUCUGCUCCUCUUCCUGCGUCAGUGGAGGAUCGAACGCAAGACGGGCCCUCGCAUUCCUCCUUUUGUGCAUCCCAGAGACGACUCGGCUUUCGAGCCCAUCGACGAUCUCGAUGACGACGACGCAUUUGAUGAAACGGCCAAGUCGGCGUGGUACGGUGAUGGCGGAGAUGCACGAUAUGGCGCCGUGCCUGCCGGUCACGCUGGUGGCCCGCCUCAAAUGUCUUCAUACGACCGCUCGUACGAUCGCAGAGGUGGCGAUCCGCUCGCAGACAUUCAAGCCAAGUACGGAAUGAGCCCCGCCUACAACCCGGAUCCGUUUGUUGAUGCACGGGCAGCAACACCAGCAUACGGCAGGCCGUCGUACGACUACAGUGCAUAUGGCGUCGCAGCUGGCCCGCCCGGUGGCUACAGCGUCGAUCCGUACAGUGCCAUCCACCACCAGCUGAGCUCGGCACCGCCUCAGCUGCCAACCUUGGGCUACGGCUAUCGUUGA